AUGGCAUCAGUUUCGCCACCCAAGCCGUGGGAGAGGGUAGGCGCCGCUGGUGGGACCGCCCUACCCACACCUACUAGCACGGCUCCCGCUACGGCCAUGACUACAACAAAUACCUCGGCUGCGCCGACCGCGGCUUCGACAACUGCUACCGCCCCCGAUCUGCCCUCUCGACCUAAUUCUUUGAACUCAGUUGUGAAUCGCACCGCCUCGAAUUACUCGCCGUACGGUGCCUCGCGGUUCGGAGCCAGUCCCUACGGAGGUUACGGCGGUUAUAGCUCCUACUCCUCUCCGUACUCCCGCUUCGGCACGAUGGGGUCCAUGGGAUCGAUGUACGGUGGCUACGGUGGCAUGGGCGGAAUGUAUGGCGGUAUGGGAGGCAUGGGAGGCAUGUACGGAGGCGGCAUGCCCGGUGAUCCCAAUGAUCCCAACAGUUUGACGAAUUCGUUCGGCCAGAACACGCAGGCCACGUUUCAGAUGAUUGAGAGCAUCGUGGGCGCGUUCGGAGGAUUCGCUCAGAUGCUCGAGAGUACCUAUAUGGCCACUCACAGCUCUUUCUUCGGUACGUUUGAUGUUUUCUUUGUUGAUCAUAAUUACGACCCUAUGGUGUCCGUCGCCGAACAGUUUGGUAAUCUACGCAACACUCUGGGCUCGGCCCUCGGCAUCUUCACUUUGAUCAGGUGGUUCAGGACGUUGAUUGCAAAGAUCACCGGUCGGCCACCUCCCGCCGACGCCACUGCUCUCACCCCCUCGGCCUUCGCAGCCUUCCUGAACGGACGGUCGGCGCCCGCCACUCUUCCCGAUGGAACCCCUGCGCCUCCCAAGCCAUCGAAAAAGCCGUUCUUCAUGUUCUUGAUCGCUCUGUUCGGUCUUCCGUACCUGAUGGGCAAACUUAUCAAGACGCUGGCCCGCUCGCAGGAAGAGCAGCGCCGCCAACUCAUGGAGGGCCCCAAUGGGGAACAGCUGCAGGGCGGAGCCCCGCUGGACCCAUCGAAGCUUGACUUCUGCCGCGUGCUUUACGACUACUCCCCCGAGUCGCAGGAAAGCAAUGGCGUCGAUCUGGCCGCCAAGAAGGGCGACAUCGUCGCCGUUCUCAGCAAGUCGGACCCCAUGGGCAACGCCUCCGAAUGGUGGCGAUGCCGGGCCCGAGACGGCCGCGUCGGAUAUCUCCCCGGUCCUUAUCUGGAGACUAUCCAGCGGAAACCGCAGCAGGCCAUCACGGCCGGUAGCCAAGCGGCGAGUCGCAGCAACAGCCUGCAAGCCGGGGCGUCCGAGGAAAUCGCUGCCGUUGCUUCCCAGGACGCGAAACCCGAGCUGAAGGGCAAAAUGGGUGACAUUUCGCCCGAGAGCUUCCAAAAGAGCGCUUUCUAUUCCUAA